CCGCGGCACGGAAAAUGUUCGCGGAAAGCGCACCGUAACCGUUCGUGACCGCGACGCACAUCCGAUUCGCGCCGUCCGCACGUUGCACGUCUCGUUUUCGACCAGAUAACGGUACCUAUUCAAGAGCCUCGACCCAUCGCACCCCUCUGUGGUUUGACGACUGACGAGAUAUGACCGGUAUAGGAAGGUUUGCCGGACUCCCGGAAAGUCACGUGACGGCGACGACGACUUCGGGCGAACGGUAAAAUACACGAAAAUCCGGAUAGAAACGACCGGAAAUCAAAAUCGAACGGACGCCGGACGCGGUACUGACUCGCUCACGGUCAGGGUGAUUCGCCGGCCGGCACCGUCAUGUUCAACCCGCCUAAACUUCACAAGCACGACUGGUUCAUGACCAUGGUAACCACGCUGAUCGAGUCGUCGGUGAAAGGCGGCAGUGGCGGCGACCACGGUGACGGUGAUGACGACGACCACGGUUGGUCCGGUCUGUACGGCCCGAACGGCACCUUCGACGGAGGCGGCGGCGGCGACGGCGACGGCGGCCCGUUCAACUUCACCGUCAAGCGGGCGCUGGACGCGAUAUUUGAGAACCAGCUGAACGUGGACAAGGUGCUCGUGCUGUACCUGGAGGUGGCCAUCGUGGUCGCGUACGGCGUGCUGUUCGUCAUCGGGCUCGUGUCCAACGGGCUGGUGUGCUUCGUCGUGUUCCGGCAGUGCGGCAAGAAGAACGUGCCCAGCCAGGGGCCGUCGCCUCGCAACCUGUACAUCGUCAACCUGGCGUUCGCCGACAUCAUCAUGUGCGUGGUGUGCAUGCCGUUCACGUUGUGGGCGCUCAUGUCCCGCCGCUGGACGUGGGGCCUGAUCAUGUGCAAGACGGUGCCGGCCGCCCAGGGCGCCAACAUAACCGUGUCCGCGUGCACCAUAACCGCUAUCGCUCUGGACAGGUACUUCACGAUCGUCCGGAACCCCCGGGGCUCGGUGUUCCGGUGCAGCGUGGCCAAGACGCUGGUGCUCAUCUGGAUGGUGUCGUUCGCGGCCAUGGUGCCGCUGCUGUUGUACCAGAACGUCGAGGAGGUGCACGUCGGACCCAUCCGGUUGUACGAGGCGUGCGUCGAGAAAUGGCCGAACCACAUGGCCCAACAGACGUUCACUGUCGGACUGGCAGUCGCCCAGUUUGUGUUGCCGUUCACCACCAUAUCGCUGAUCCACCUGAAGAUAUCGUCUUACCUCACAGUGCACCUCAAACAUCCGGCCGUCCCGUCCAAGGAGAUCAACUGUAGACGAGUGCGGAGAGAGCUGAGCCGGAACAAGCGGACCAUGUGGAUACUGUCAUCGAUCGCGGUGGUGUUUGCGAUCAGCUGGCUACCACUGACAGUGUUCACGCUGCUCGUCGAGUUCCAGCCGCACCUGAUCGACUCCACGGACGCACUGUACAAGGCGUUCGCGGUCGUCCACAUGAUGGCCAUGUCAACCACGUGCACCAAUCCGCUGCUGUACGGCUGGCUCAACACCAACUUCCGGCGGGACAUAUCCGGUAUAUGUCGACAGAUGUGGUACUGCUGCGGUGACCAGAAACCACCACCCAGGCGGAGGCGGUACCCGUCCGUGGCCACCGACUACCGCGGCCCGAACGACCGGCGCCUGGGGCUCGGGUCCGAAGCGGCUGGCGGAUGUGGCGGCGGGGGUGGCGGCGGCGGCGGAUUCGGCGGGGGUGGCGGUAGCCGACGGCACCAUAUGCACCACGACCCCGAGACCACCGGCAUGUCGAUGGUGGUCAAGAGCGACCGGAGGUUCAGCACCAGCUACCUGACCACGCUGACCACGGUCACAUCCCGGUCGCAACCAGGUUCCAGCAUGGGCCGCGUCGAGAACGUCUAGAGACAGUAUGGUUUAAUCAUCGAUGAUUUAAUAUAAUAUAUUAUACAUUAAUAAUAAUAAUAAUAAUAAUACGAUAACGGUAAUGAUGACGUCUUGCAGUUCACUUCGGCGGGGCGUGUAUACUAUAAUAUUGUUAUUAGGGGGAAAAAACAUUAGGGUGCAUUAUGAUGUUAUUACAACAAACAAAAAUAUUACGUUAGAAUAACGACAAAUAAUAAGGCUACUUACGCGUUGAUAGCACUGACGGUAACCUGCAGCUGUAAAACGCGUCACCGGGUUAUCUGCCGGUUAGCCAAGCAUAAUAAAUGUAGGUAUACAUAAAUUUGCCCUAGUGCCGACGAAAUGGUGCUAACGGGUGUUUUAUUUUUCUACUAUUAUCAUAAUAAAAAUAAUAUGUAAUGAUUAAUCCUAAAAUUCGUCAGGAAACAAAAACUGUUGAGUACAGGCCUGGGCCCACGACAUAUUUUUUGCGACCAUGUGCAAGUCACAUUUUAAAGCAGUUAACGGAAUUGGUUUGACACAGACAUUAAAUCUAUACAUACAGAGUGAUUCACCAAGUAUUCUCACUUCUUGUUUACUUGAAUAAUGCGUUUAUUUAAAUUCUGAAUUUUUUUUUUUUGAAUCUAUAAUAUUACAGACUAUAUAGACCAUAAUUUACCAUAUUUUCAAUUAAUUUGAUUUAUUUUGUACCUACUAUAUUUUAAGAAGUACCCUGUGGCGAUACAAACUUUUGUUUUUUAAAUGACAACCACGAGAUUUUAUUGUGAAUUAUUUAGCAGAUGAUUUUUUCGCAAAUUGAAAUUCUAACACGGAGUUUUCAAGUUAUUAAACAUUCUGCACAAAGAAUAAUAAUUCAAGAUAAAGGCUUUAAUGGUAUAAACAUUUUAAUAAUUAAUACUUAUAAAUUAACGUUUUAUAAUUUGUAAAAUUUGUCUGAGUAGGUAUUAUAUUAAGUACGAAAUUAAAUAUUACAUCUAUUUAUACCUAUUAUGUAAAAUCAUUUUAAAGGAUUAUUAUCCUUGCGUAUACAUUUUAAUAACUAGGAAACAAUUUUUAAAAAAAAUAUCUAUUUAUAAUAUUUAUUGUAAAAAGAAAAGUUUUCAAAAACAGAAAUUUGUAUCGCCACAGGACACUUCUGAUAUAGUCCAAAAUAUUCAAGUAUUUAAAUCUACGGUCUUUAACUAUCCUUGAAAAUUAAGAAUUUGAAUAAAAUAUGCUUUGUUAGAGGAAAAAAGAAUGGUGAGUAAUUUGGUCAAUCACCCUGCAUAAGUGCAGUCCUAGAGACACCACGAGGAUAGAAAUUCUCGAAAUUCGACAGUUUUGAAAACUCUCAGAGUAACAUUUUUUUUUCACGUUGUUGAGUUAUUGAACUACUUCUAAAUAAUUUAUUUUACACACUUGUUGUAUAUAUUAUAUUAAACUGUAGUUGUUAUUAUGUGUAAAAGAAAAACGAAAUUUUUUAAUAACCUUACAACGUAAAAAUAACAUUGUUAAAAUUAAUAUUUUAAAAACCAAUUUUCACGGUUCAAAAAAAAAAAAAAUGUACUUAUUUUUCAUUCAGUACACAGUUUAGAGUAAAUGUAUUAAAAUAAUUUGAGUGAGAGUACUUUAAAUUAAUAAGUAUUCAUCGUGUUUAAAUUAUUAAUAACAUUUUAAAUUUCAACUAAGAAUUCAAAAGGUUUUUUCAAAAUAAUAUUAUUAUAUCAGUUUCGAUAACUAUAUUAUCUUCUGAAGUUGAAGUUAUUUAAAUAUAAUAUCAUUAACUUAUAGAAAAACAUAACAUAAUAUAUUUCUUGGCAUAAAUAAUUAUGGCUAAUUAUUACUAGUACCUACCUACAACAACAAAAUUGCUUUAACUUUUUAUUUUUAAGAAGCGGUUUGAUAUUUUUUUGGAUAUGUUAAUUUUUUGACAAAAUGUAUAGUUUUUACCAAUCAAUCAUUUUUUUUUUAAUGCGGUAUCAUUGAAAUGCAAAAGUCAUUUAAGAAGUCACGUAAUUGUUAUGGAAAUUAAAAAUAUAUACUCUAACGCAAUUCAUCAGUUUUAAAUUUUAAUUAUGUAUAAUAAUAAUAAUAAUUAUCUAAAAAAAAAACAAACAAAUCAAACAAUUCAUACAUAAUUAUUCUACUUCAGAAUUUAAAUUUUGAAAUAAUAUUCCCAAAAUGUUAAUAAAAAGCAAGAAAAGAGGUGUUUUUAAUAUCAGAGCACAAUUCAUAAAUAUGACGUGGGCUCGGAAAAGUUUUUUUAUUAAAAUAAACUAAGAACUGAGUUGAAGACGCUAAUUUAUGUUUAACGAAUGUUUAAUGAAAUUAUCAAUAUUAAUUGGAUAUGGUAAAGCUACUACAUAGUGAAACAAGUUAGUAUCAUCAAGUAGUGUAUACUUUUACCAUAUUAUAGACAUUUCGUAUACCUACUGUUAGUUUUGUGUGAAUCAACAUAAUACUGUAAAAUAAACCUCUAAAGUAAAUUACGUUAUUCCAUUAAAUGUUAAUAAAAAAAUCAUGUGUGUGUACUAAAUUAUUAAAAUCAAUUUUAAACAUAAUUUAUACAUAAUAAUAUAAUAUUGGUGUUAUUUUUAAUUUACUUAUUUUUUACUAAUUAUCAUUAUAUCGUUGUAAACAUUGCAUUCAUUAAUUCGAAAAUAAUCAAACAAAAUACUUGAGUUAGGUUAUUUGCAUUAAACGCGUAUCCGACAUUCCGACAUGAAUACGUUUAAAAUAUUGCGCGUACCUUCCGAAGUCUCACUGCAGACUGAGUCCUAUGUAACUUUUGACUGAUAAUAAUAGCUAGUUUGUGCGCCGCGUCUUGACGGGUUUUGCUUUAAAAACCUUCCAGACGCAUGUCUUGACAUACAAUUUUCUAAUUUAUAAUGUAUGAAAAACGAUACGGUUUUAGUUUGGCUAGACAGCACGUCGACGCGUAGUAGAUUAAUGAUUAUUAACAUAGUAUUAUAAUCAAUGAAACUGCAAUGUAAAAUUAUGUAAGUACUUUAAGCCACGUGUGUAUUAUAAUAUAUGUAUUACUAUUAAUUUAUUUUUUAACGUUUUAUUACAUGACGAAAAUUAUUGUUGUUUAUACGAACGGCGUAUAACUGAAUAACAAGAUUUAAUAAUAGUAUAAUAUUGUACAGCUCUAUUUGGAUUAGAGCACAAUAACAUAUAUUGGAUUUAAGGGGCAAAUGGACAAUCUUGGGACCACACUACAAUCAUGUUUAUAUUUUAACGUAUUUUGAUUUGUAUAAAAUUAAUUUACUCGACUUAUCUUCGACAUUGUUAGUAUCCAUCCCGAUCCCCCCCGUAAAAUAAAUGUUCGCACGCACAAAAUAUGACGUGUGAACCGAAUUGUCGAGCCGUCGACUGAAAUAUCUCACUCAAAAACAACGCGUGUACUCCUUAAACCGGACAGACCGGACAUGCAUCGAUCAUAUUAUAAUAUAGGUACCUAUGCUCUAUCAACCGAUAAAGUCUGUUGGCUUUCGCAAGUUUCCCCUCCCGUGUUAGGUAUAAUACCGACUAUAUGAGCGCAUAGUACUAGUACUUAGACACCACAAAGCGUAACACGCGGAGUGACCUUUAUUAUCACGUCACAGUGUUAUGAUGGGCGAGCUUGACUCGAAUAGAGUAUGUAAUAUAACGGCAUUAUAAUAUAAUAUAAUAUAAUGUAUAAUUGUGUGUGUGCAAUUCAUGAAUCGACGUUAACAACAGCUGAUAGGUAUGUGUUUAUAGCGAAAUAAGUGACGGUUGACGGACAUGUGUAAAUCGGACCCAUCGUUGUUAUAAUAUUAGGUAAGUGUUCAUUUUUAAGAAAAUAUAUAGAUUUUUUUACCAAAAUCAUAUAACCGAUGUCUUAAGAACCGUUCAAACUUUAUAGUAACCUGGAAAUAUUUAUUUUGAAAACAAUCUCUUGCCAAAACACUGCCAUAGGUACAAAUACAACUAUUGUACGAUUAUGAUGUAGGUAUAUGGUGUACGGUAAACGCGUAAUUCCAUCUUAAUUUCACUUACUACUGUCAAAUGCACAAUAAUUAAGAUAUCUCUCAGACUAAAAAUAAACUGUAUGAAAUAGUUUUGAUAAAAUCUAGUUUUGUCUUCUCGAAUUAUCACACUACAAACAUAAAUGGUUUCGUUUUCUUUUAAGGUUUUUCUAAUUUAACUUACGCGAAUCCAUUUGAAACUUUCCUCUUUAAAAAAAAUGUCGCGCGUUUGUGGCUUUAAAUAUUUUGUCAAAUUUUCCGACAGAUAUACGACAUUCAUCGUAGUUUUUUGCUGUUCUACAGGCGGCUGGAAAUUAAAUUUAUUCAAAUUUCUAAUAUUUAGUCAAAAUUUGCUACCUGCUACAACUACACAUUAUUCAUAUGUGUGGCUGCAUAUAUUUGAAAAGUUUUGAAUAUUUUAGUACACUUCUGAUGGGGUAAAUUGAUGGGGUAAAAUAUAAAACAAAAGAGUCGUGAGUCGUGGGAUAAUUUUUCAUUAAACAACGCCGACGCGAUAUUUUGUGUUAGUAGAUUUAUCACCAAAAUUAAUCUCGUAAGCGGCAUAUUAUACAAUUGUUCGUAAAACCAACGAACAAUAUAAUAUAUAAUAUACAUAUAUAUUAUAUUAUUAUCCAACCCCCGCGUUGUAAUUAUUGAAAAUUAAUUUAAAAAGGACACACCUUUGUCAAUGAUAACACGUGAACUUGAUGUUAAUUUACCGUGUUGGUUAGCGGCGACCAGUGUUAUCCGCAGGCCAUUGUGUUCAGACUAAUUUAAAUGCACAUACAACUCAUAACAGGUAGGUUACUAGGUACCUACAUCAUCAAACAAUGUUGGGCUAUACUCCGAGUAUGGAUUUUUUAUUUUCCAUCAAAUUAUUCAACCCCCAGAGCUGAAUAAUAUUUAGAAUUUAUCGGGUACAGUUAUUAUUCUUUUUCGACAAAUUCACGAACAUCGGCAUUUGGUUAAACAUUUUUUUUGGUGAAAAAUAAAAUCUUAUAGCAACACCGAUACAUGUCCGUAUUCAGGUACUCCUUAUUCGACGUUGAUGGAAUCGAUAAGACCGUAAGAGAAGGACAAUUCUCAACACAGUUCUCUCUCAUCAAUUUUCACGGAUAUCAAUUAAAAUAAUAGGUAUAGCUGAGAAACAGUAUAUUUCCUGUUGAAUAACAUACACACUAUAGGUACUAGACACUACACACUAGUAUCAUACCUAAGUACCUAACCUCACAUAUUAAUCCAAAUAAGCUCUAUUUCACCUACGUUUUUUGCCUUAGGAAUGUUUAUGACAAUUUACUGUAAGGGAAAAACCGUGUUAAUUUGAUAUUUGUACAUAGACAUCUAUUAGAAAGUAAAAGUCACGUCAAACAUGUCGAUUAUUUAGAUUGUAAAUAAUAUUAAAAUAAAAAUAGUGACGUGUGUAUAUUUUAUAUUGUAUUAAUAUAAGUAUUAUUGUUAUUAUUCAAAGAGGGGUUAUACUUUUUUUCCACAUAACUUAUUUUAGAUCGCUCUACCUCCGUUGUAAUGUUCAAUGUCCACAUUACGAAAACAUAUUUUAAAAUAAUGUAAAAUAUUAAUAAUAAUUAAGUAUUAACAAACAUUUCGAGAAUCAUUUCGUCUCGGGGAUUUAUAUAAACGCAAUAUAAAAAUGUAAUUCUGUGUCUAAUAUAUUGCAAUAAAUAAAAAAUCAUAAAAAUGUAUAAAGUAUAUAUGUAUUAUUAUUAUUAUCCAUUUAUAGUCACGAGUUUUAACUAAUUAGUAAUAUUAGUGACAGGAGAACAGUUAGUUGAUUUUUUGUUUGUUUAAGAAUAACACCCAUUAUAAUAACGUAUGACUGUAUAAUAUAGAAUAAAUUAUUUUUAAAAUAAGAUUAGAAUAACGAUGACGGCAAUCGAUGAACAAAAUGAUUUGUACUUUUUGUAGUUUCUGACUUAUUAUCGUAUGAGCAUAUUAUACUUUACUAUAUUAUAUUGUAAUAUUAAAUAAAAAUAAACUUUAGUUAUUUAUUAUUGCUAUUAUUAUAAUUAAUUUAUUGUAUUAAUGUGUUUAUGAACAAUAUAUAUAAUAACCUAUUUUGUAUUAAAGUACUUUACUAUCAAUAUUUUAAAGAAAAGAUGGUUUCGAAAUAAAAUGUUAUACAUAAUACGAUUGUAAUAAUAAACGACCAAAAGUAUAA